UAUUUAUUUAAUAAUUUGAGGUUGGCGAGUUUUAAUUAGGCCACCUGGAUAUCCAUUAGCAUUAAUAUUUACAGACAGGAAUUGCAAAUUAAUAGACAGUCAUUUUUUGAAGCUUUCGCCCUUCUUCCGUCUGUCGGUCUUCCCUCUGUCACUGUGUCAGUGUCAGUGUCAGUCAUUUCUUCUUCUGUGCAAUUGUUGGAGAAAUUAGAAAGCCCUUCUUCCUCAUCAAUUUAAGCUCAAAGCUCUUGCACUUGUAUGUGGCGUGGGGUCAAUAAAUUUGUGGUCUCCCAUGGACGAAGAUUUAUCUAAUCGUGCUUCAAUCCUUCCAUGGAUUUGGGUCAUUGAAGCUCUUGCACGCUUCAAGCAAGUGGACGUUUCUGUUUUGCAUGAUUUGAUUGAAUUGGUUCCAGAAUUACCUGAUGAUUUGGGGAAAAACAUGAGGGAAAUGUUAGCUUUGAGAUGUUUGGAGUGUUUAUUUGAUCCCUCUAAUGGAGUCAGAAAUGGUGAUUGUUCUACCCUGGAUUCAAAAGUUGGGCUUGAUUUUUCAAAAAGCUGUGAAGAUGUUCUCCAACACAUAUUGCAUGAGACAUCAUUAUCAGAUCUUAAAAUUGCUGGACCUGAGCUCCUAAAAUGGGAUGUUCACCCCUUUAUUAUUCAUAAAAGAGCUGGAAUGCCUAAGCUUGCCUUACAACAGCUGAAAGAUUCAAUUCUUGAAGGUAUUCAUCCAUAUGCUGAUUCCUUGAAGGAAAGGAGUGGAUUGACAUUGACAAGUGCAGGUGAUGGAAUUCCUGUGAAUAAUGGUAAUCACAAUGCACUUACACAUAGAGUUAAUGGGAGCUGCUUUGAUACUCAACACAUGGGAGCAAAAGGGAACUUGAUACCAACAAUGCUUGAGAAUGGGAAUCAGCUAUUGAAAAAAGAUCCUUGUAAUAGGAAUUUAUUACCUUCCAAGAGGGGAAGAAAUAGGUCUGCUACUGAAAAUAUGGUUGGCGACUUCCAUGAGAACCAAAAUACAUUAAAUGAUGGUUACAUACUCCACAUAAAUGCCAAAAAGCAGAAGCAAUGUCCCUCUUCUUCAAUUCAGUCCAUAGAAGAGAACCUAGUCCCUCUACAUGGAACAGAACCGUUAGAAGAUUCUUCUGCAAGAGUCAUGCCAGUUUCUGAAAGAGAAGAUUGUGAUUUGGCAAAAGAUCAGAUAGGAACUCUGAAAGAAGGCAGGGUUCUAGAGGAUGGUCAUGAUGAGCAUACUGUCUCGGUGAGAUGUGGCCACAUCAGUGAUGAUGAAUUCCAUCAUAAUCAGUCAGAGACUUCUGAUAAUGCCACAAUGAUAUGUCAAGAUCCUUCUGCAGAUGAACCUUGUAAAAAUAUCACUGUCAACAAAGACAUAGAUGAUAGUGAGCACUGUGUUGACCCAAGACCAUUAAUUGGUCCCUAUAGUGCAACCAUGAUGGUUCAAGACAUGUCUGUUGAAGACAAAGAUGAUAGUGAGCAUUGUGCUGAACCUAGAACAUCAAGUGGUCCUCUCCUGAGCAAGACUCUAGAAGAUGAAUUCCAUCAUAAUCAGUCAGGGACUCUUGAUAGUGCCACAAUAAUGCUUCAAGAUCCAUCUGCAGAUAAACCUUUCCAACAUAUCUCUGUCAACAAAGACAAAAAUGAUGGUGAGCAUUGUGUUGAACCAAGACCAUUUACUGGUUCUCUCCCUCCUUGUAGUGCCAGUGUGAUGGUUCAGGGCAUGUCUGAAGUUAAACAUAGUCAAAAGAUCUCUGUUGAUGAAAUCAAAGAUGAUAGUGACAAUCGUGCUGAACCUAGAACAUCAAGCGUUCCUCUCUUGAACAAGACUCUAGAAAAUGAAUCCCAAUGUAAUUGCGGACAUGAUUUUCAACUAAAAGCACCAUAUGCUGCAUCACUGGAUGGAUUCCAGCAGAAGAUUAUCACUAAUGAAGCUGAAGAGGUUAUGGAUCAUUGUUGUGAAGCAGAGACAUCAAACGUCAGCGAUGAGUGUCACAAAUAUAAAAUUGAUGUCCCCAAGAAAAAACUUGAAUUCUUGAGCUCCCAGUGCAAGUAUAGUCAUGAUUCCUUAGCAUCAGCUAGUUGUACAGAGCAUAACUUUUGUGUGAGGUGUAAUGAAGGUGGUCAAUUGUUAGUAUGUAACACCAGGAAUUGCCCAUUGGUGGUUCAUGAGAACUGUUUGGGUUUCUCAUCCAGAUUUGACAACAAUGGAAACUUUUACUGCCCCUUCUGUGUAUAUUCUCUUGCUAUGUCAGAGUACCUUGAAGCUAAGAAAAAGGCCUCCUUGGCAGAGACAGAACUAAACAAGUUUAUUCAUAUGGAUUUGAAGCAUCGGCGAAAAGAACUCAUGCAACAAGCAGAACCUUCUGCAUCAUGUGAUAAUGUCAAUGCAACACUAAGAGAGGAAGAGGCAACUGUAACUACUGGGACACUAAAUGAAUUCACUAACCAAGGACAAGCUCACCAUGAGGAAAACACAGAUGUUACUCCUGUCAAUCAAAGACAAGCAGAAGAAGGAUUUCAUCAGGAAGUUUCAGGGCAACAGAUUGCUGAUCCACCACGGGAACCUGUUUGGGCACUUAAUAUUGAUGGUGAAGGAACUUCUGGAGAUGAAACUAAUAAGUCUAUCAUUUUUAAUUAUUCAAUAAGAUUACGAAGGCGGGAGAGUUAUCAUACAUACCCAGUACUUCCUCCUCUGCGAAGGCGAAAAAGGGUUCCAUGGACUGCCGAGGAGGAAGAGAGACUAAAGGAGGGAGUGCAGAAACUUACAAACCCCAACGACAGUAAUAUCCCAUGGAAGAACAUUUUGGAAUUUGGUGGUGAUGUGUUCCGACCAGAUCGUACAACAAUAGACCUAAAGGACAAAUGGAGGAACAUGUGCAAAAGAAGCCCCAAGUCAAAACAGUAGUUUGUAAUAUAUAGACGGAUUAUAUAUGCUGUACAGGUGGUCAACUUGAAGAGGGAGGGAGAAAGUUCUUUUUGAUUCUUGACCUCAGAGAUCACACUGCUAGGUUUUUAUUUUUUUAUUUUGUUAUCUGGAUUCUGGGUGCUAAAAGUGACAAUCACUUGUCACUUGCCCUUUGCGUGAGUUGAAUAGGGAUUUUGCAUCUCUUGUCAUCAUCAUUCUCAAUACAAAGGAAAAUAUAUAGAAUUCGUUUUAUAUUUGCU